CGGUAGCUGGGUAGGUGGAGUUUGUAUCACGUGAUCUUACUGAAUAUCAAAAUGGAGAGACUUCUCUCAGUAUCAAAAGAGCUCUCAGACAAGAUAGACAGCAACGAGGGGGCCAUGAAUGACCUCCUGAGAAAGAGUGAGACUCUCCAACAGACAGUAAAGGCCAUGAUACAGUAUCAAAGUGCAGUACAAGAAAUCAGUGGUGGGGAAGAUCAGCCCAGGGGGCCCCCUCGGAUUGAAUUUAGUUACAUACGUCAGCUCCAACAGGACAACUCAGAGUUACGGUCUCUGCUAGAGGACCACCAGGCCGCCCUCGACAUGAUAAUGACCAAAUACCGUAACCAGAUGAGCUCUUUUGUUGACAUAAAGUCCAAGGAAGACUCUUUAAUACAAGAAAAACUAUCAGAAGAGGUUAGACUGAGGACAGACCAGAUCUGUGAAAUGGCUACUGUCAUGUAUCAUGCUGCCAAGACCGAGGAUUCAUCAACUCAGCUGCUACGGGAGAAGAUCUCACAACUUGAAUAUGAGAAUAAAUAUUUAAGAGAGAUACUAUCAGUCCCUGUAUCAUCACCUUCUGUUGAACUAGCUCCAGUCAAGUAUUCAAGCAGUGAGACUACCAGUGGACACAGGAGCAGUGCUAGUGAGAGAGAGAGGGAGGGAGGAGAGAGCUCGUCUGAUGACUCAAGAUCAAGCACUCCUAAACCUUAUAGCAACUGAUU